CUUCUGUUUUUCGACGGGGUCUAUGAUCUGAAUAUUAUCUGAUACUCGCCUGAACAACGGAAUAAGACCUUUAUGUGGAAUUAAUUGUGUCAAUGAGGAUAUGAAUUGAUUUUAUGAGCUUGUGAAGCGACAGCAUCUGUCGGGCAUUAAGUGUGCGUUGUGUGGUGUGAGCGUGUGUGUGAGCGUGUGUGUGGCGCGGUCAUGUGCGCGUCGGUGAAGUACAGCUCCCGCGGGCCGGCGCUGAUCCCGCGGAUGAAGACCAAGCACCGGAUCUACUACAUCACCCUGUUCUCCGUGGUCCUGCUGGGCCUGCUGGCCACCGGCAUGUUCCAGUUCUGGCCGCACUCCAUCGAGUCCAGCGCCGACUGGACCCUGGAGCGCCGCAGCGUCCACGACGCCCCGCUGGCCCGGCUGGCCCCCAACAGCCCGCUGCCCGAGAGGGGCGACCUCAGCUGCCGCAUGCACACCUGCUUCGACGUCUACCGCUGCGGGUACAACCCCAAGAACAGGAUCAAGGUGUACAUCUACCCGCUGCAGCGGUUCGUGGACGAAGAGGGCGUGCCCAUCAGCAGCACGGGUUUGUCCCGCGAGUACAACGAGCUGCUGAGCGCCGUGUCGGACAGCCACUUCUACACGGACGACGUGACGCGCGCCUGCCUCUUCCUGCCCUCCACAGACGUGCUCAACCAGAACUCCCUACGCAUCCGCGAGACCGCACAGGCCCUCGCAUCAUUACCACGAUGGGACCGAGGCAUGAACCACCUGCUGUUCAACAUGCUGCCUGGUGGACCACCAGACUACAACACUGCUCUAGAUGUUCCCCGAGACAGGGCUCUGUUGGCUGGUGGUGGGUUCUCCACAUGGACCUACAGACAGGGUUAUGAUGUCAGCAUCCCCGUCUACAGCCCCCUCUCUGCAGAGGUGGAACUACCUGAGAGGCAACCUGGUCCUCGGCGGUUCUUCCUGCUGUCGUCCCAGACGGCGCUGCACAGGGAGUACCGUGUGGAGCUGGACCGUCUGAAGGAGGAGAACGGCGAGACCAUCCUGCUGCUGGACAAGUGCAGCAACCUCUCGCAGGGCCACACACACACGCACGCGCACACACACGCGCAGGCCCAGUCGCCCCGCAAGCGCUGCGCCAAGGGACAGGUCUACGACUACCCACAGAUACUCCAGGAGUCUUCGUUCUGCGUGGUUCUGCGAGGUGCUCGUCUGGGCCAGGCGGUUCUCAGUGAUGUUCUACAGGCUGGCUGUGUUCCAGUCAUCAUGGCCGACUCCUACAUCCUGCCCUUCUCUGAGGUCCUCGACUGGAAGAGAGCAUCUGUAGUGAUUCCAGAAGAGAAGCUUCCUGAGAUGUACACCAUUCUAAAGAAUAUUCCUCAUAGACAAGUGGAGGAGAUGCAGAGACAGGCGAGAUGGUUCUGGGAGGCCUACUUCAGCUCCAUGAAGGCUAUCGGACUGACCACUCUCCAGAUCAUCAACGACCGCAUCUACCCCUACGCAGCACGCACCUACGAACAGUGGAACAACCCACCGGCAGUGAAGUGGUCAAGUGUGAGCAACCCCCUCUUCCUGCCGCUGAUCCCGCCGCGCUCCCCGGGCUUCACGGCGGUCAUCCUGACCUACGACCGCAUCGAGAGCCUCUUCCGCGUCAUCACCGAGAUCUCCAAGGUGCCCAGCCUGGCCAAGCUGCUCGUGGUGUGGAACAACCAGAACAAGAGCCCUCCAGAAGAGUCCCUGUGGCCUAAGGUGGCGGUGCCUCUGAAGGUGGUGCGCACCAAAGAGAACAAGCUGAGCAACCGCUUCUUCCCCUUCGACGAGAUCGAGACCGAGGCCGUGCUGGCCAUCGACGAUGACAUCAUCAUGCUCACCUCCGACGAGCUGCAGUUUGGAUACGAGGUGUGGCGUGAGUUCCCUGAUAGGCUGGUGGGGUACCCUGGGCGUCUGCACCUGUGGGAUCAUGAGCUGGGCAAGUGGAAGUACGAGUCCGAGUGGACCAACGAGGUCUCCAUGGUGCUCACCGGAGCCGCCUUCUACCAUAAGUACUUUAACUACCUGUACACGUACAAGAUGCCGGGAGACAUUAAGAACUGGGUGGACGCCCAUAUGAACUGUGAGGACAUCGCCAUGAACUUCCUGGUGGCCAACAUCACAGGCAAAGCGCCCAUCAAGGUGACGCCACGCAAGAAGUUCAAGUGUCCUGAGUGUACUGCUAUUGAUGGCCUCUCACUGGACCAGACACACAUGGUGGAGAGGUCGGAGUGCAUCAAUAAGUUUGCGUCGGUGUUUGGCACGAUGCCCUUGAAGGUGGUGGAGCACAGGGCUGACCCCGUGCUCUAUAAGGACGACUUCCCCGAGAAGCUCAAGAGUUUCCCCAACAUCGGCAGCCUGUGACAGCCCUGACCCCCCCCCCCCCCCCCCUCUCUCUCUCUCUCUUUCUUUGUCUUCCUCUGUCUUUCCACACCCCCUGCUUCUGCCCUCCUGCUCCCUGGAGAGAGAUUUCCUGAUGCUUGUCAGUCCGCCACCAGUGAAAGCCUGUGGCACUGGUUUCCUUCAAGAUGCCAUCAGCCAAUCUCAUCCCGAGCAGCAGCUGUGACAUCACAAAUGGGACCAGUGGUGUCACAGUCAAAUCCCUGUGAUGUUUCAAUGCCAACUGUGAUGUCACAAUGGAGGCAGUGAGAUUGUUCCAUGGAGAUCCUGUUUUGUUGUUCUGGAAGAGAUUGCAUCACAGAGACAAAUCACCAAAAUCACUGUAUGCUGGAGUGUUGCCACAUCACAUCAGAGGGAUCAAACAUUUAUCUCUUUCUCUCUCUCUCUCUCUCUCUCUCUCGGACUCGCUCUGUGGUCUGUCUCUCUCUCUGGCUAUUUGUGACGAGCUGAAGGACUUUAGGACUACUUGGAUGAGUUGGGGACUGUGCUUCGUUUCUGUUUCUCCGUCAUGUUUGCAUUUCAUUGCUGUAAUUAGGAUCGGUUCCCACGGAAAGAGGUAGAAGGCGCCAGGUAUUUUAUGUAGCAGAGACAUGCACACCUCUAUGGCUUCAGUUGCGUUUGAACAUUGUGUGUUCGACUGUGUGCGUGUGUGCGUGCGCGUGCGUGUGUGUGCGCGUGUGUGCGUGUGUGUGUGCGUGUGUGUGUGCGUGUGUGUGUGUGUGCAUGUUUUUGUUUUUUAAAGGAUCAAGAGGAACUGUAUAUGUAAUAUAUAUAUAUAUGACUUUAACACUGAGCUGUUACGUUGUGAGCAGAGUGCUGGUGUGAGCAUGAUCAGUAGGUAAGUUAGAGGCCGCCCCUCUUCUCAUCUCGGCUGCUCGCACACAAGAGCUCCACCUGAUGCUUCAUCAUGUCUCAUGGGUUUGCAUUUGUCACGUUUUUUUUCUCUGGUGUGUGUGUGUGUGUGUGUUAUUUACUUUUUUUUUAUUAUUUGAUUCAUUUUUAGUUACAAACUGUAGCGCCCCACUGAGUUACCAAACCAGUAGCAAGGUGGCCAAUCACAUUUCACUUGCAGAGUUGUGUGAAGGUGUGUGUGUGUGAGUGAAAGUGUGGGUGCGUAUGUAAAACUAAGAGACUUAAGUCUCUGGUGACAGUAUUUGGUGUGUGUGUGUAUGUGUGUGUACCACCCUUGCCUCACACACAACUCUCACACGCUCUCAGGGGCUGCUGUAGACCACGUUUGGAAACAUUUCAUUAUACUGUGUACUUUUUUUUUUAUAUACCUAUGAUUUUUUUAAGUUUUGAUAUAUUUUAUUUUGUUUUAACAUUGGGUCCCAUGAAGCUUGUAAAUUCUCUCCAGAGGUCAGCUGCUGUAAGGUCAGUCCAGCCUCUGGAUCCCAAUUCAACACUACCCGCCUCUUACAGUAUGUCUCCUUUUUUUUAUUUUUAUCUGGAUUUGCAUUUCUGUCUGUUUUUUGUUACGUUAACAUACAAUGUAUGAAAUAAAUUGGGUGUCAGA